UUUCCGCAUCUCUGUUAUGGUGUCCGGUGACAAUUAUGAAGGUUAUCUUCAAAACUGUUUCCGAAACAGACCGUCACAAAUAAAAUGCUGUAGAAAUAACUCAUUCAUUUAUAGCGUGACACCAGUUUUCCCAAAAUGUAUCACCUUUUAUCUCUUCAUUCAAAAGUAAUUAUGGUUUUUAUUUAAAUAUUUUUUAAUCGAUUACAAAAUUAAAGAAAUCAAUCAUUCACUUUGCAUAAGAAUGAAUUCAGCUAUUAGUUGCCUAAUGAAUCUAACGGAUAUAUACUUUUUUUAGUUUUAUUACCUCGUCAAGUUUCAUUCGUAUUGACUACAUUAUUUGGUACCGUGGAGAGUAUUUUGCAAUAUUGCUCUUAGUUUUACCCAGUUUUGCACUGUAAAUGAGAAAGAAGAACAUAUGUGGAUGUUUCAUUUAUUGUUGUGAAUUAUUAUAAAUAUUGCUUUUUAUCGAGGAGAUUAUUUUAGGAAAUCGUUCCCAAUACAGCCGAUCAUUGAUGGUUGUUUUAUUUAAUAUUGUUAAAUUCUAUAAAUAUUGAUUAAUACGGAGGGGAAUGCUUUUCGAAAUAGUUUAGAACAAUAUCAAGUUUUGCAUAAUGCACAAGUAACAAUAUUUUUAUUAGGUGUUUUAUGACUGUUAUGUUUAGUUAUUGAGAAAAAUAUCCUUUUCGUCAUGUCCUGCUACUCAGUGUAACAAGAAUAUUAUACUGUAUUUUUAAGCCUUCCAUUGCUUAGGGAACACAUCGUUAUACAAUAUCAUUAACUUCUUUAUUGAGUAGCCUUAAAUUCUUUUUAAUAUUGUGCACUGUUGUUAUCGUUUGACUUCGAGGAAAAUAUUAUACGGCAUCUUUUAAAGUUAUGUGUUUUUGAAAUAUUUAAAUUGCACGAGGGUGUUAGUCUGUUUUACAGUAGAUUUCGUAAAGUCUAUUUCCUGUCUAUCAAAUGCUGUUUAUGUUUCUGUACUGUGUGCAUCGUUUGAUACCGAGAAAAGUAUUGUACGACGUCUUUCAUAGUUAUGAGUUUCUGAAAUAUUUAAAUUUUCUUGGAACUAGAAGGCGUUUGUCUGUUUUAUAGUAGAUGGUAUAAAGCUAGCUUCUUGUCUAUCAAAUGUUGUUAUAUUUCUAUACUGCGUACAUAGUUUGUACAAGUCUGUGCGUAUCGUUUCAGACGGAGGAAAAUAUUGUAUAGAAUCUUUCACAGGUUUGUGAUUUUUAAAUAUUUACUUUACUAGAGGGCGUUGAUCUGUUUUAUAGUACAUUGUAUAAAGCGUGCUUCUUGUUUAUCAAACGUUGUUUAUGUUUCUACUCUGCGUACAUCGUUUCAACAACACUGUGUGCAUUGGUUUUUGUACAACACUGUGUGCUUCUUUUUACAUCGUGGAAAGUAUUGUAUAGAAUCUUUCACAGGUUUGUGUUUUUAAAAUAAUUAUAUUACAAGAGGGCGUUGAUCUGUUUUAUAGUACAUUGCAUAAGUCUAUCAAAUGUUUAUGCAUCUACACUGCGUACAUCGUUUCAACAACACUGUGUAUAUCGUUUUUUGUACAACACUGUGUGCAUAGUUUUAGACAGAGAAAAAUAUUGUAAAGUAUCGUUCACAGUUCUGUGUUUUUGAAAUAUUUACAUUACAAGAGGGCGUUGGUCUGUUUUAUAGUAGAUUGUGUAAAACCUGCUUCUUGUCUAUCAAAUGCUGUUUAUGUUUCUACCAUCAACAAAGGUAUAGUGCCUUUUUAUUGAUCAUUUUGAGUAGAUGCGUACGUUUAUACCAAAAUAGUUCGCAUAAUGUAAUCAUGUUAGUCAUAAAAAUGUCAGUGUACAGGAUAGCCGUGUAAAAGCUAAGUAGUAAGCUGCAACGGAUAAUAAAUAUUUAACGAGCAGUAACAAAUUAGCCCUGCUUCGAGCAGAAUGACUUAAGUGAUUUAAAUGCCGCGCAAGAGAGAAAUCUUAAAAUAAGUGGAAACCUUGAAGAAGAGUGCAUAAGCAAGCGCUUGUCAAUCAUCGUAUGUCAGACAUUUUCUCUGUUGUUUCACAAAAGAAUUGUCAUCGCUUGUGUAUGCAACUGGACUAAAAUGGCUCAACAAGAAGACAGAAAUAUUAGGGAAAGUAGUGCCGGUAUUCAUGCGUCGAGAAAAAAUAGAAGUAUUGUUGAACAUUCUGCACCAAAUGCAAAUCAGGAUUUACAUGGAAAUGAUCGGAGAUUUACUGAUUGGGCUGUAGAUGAUUCCCAAUCACAAUCGAUAUGGAGGAUUCUAAGUCACUUAGUGACCCAACAAUUUAUCAUUCUUAGUUCUAUGUAUGCUCAGCUAGUAGUUGUAAUAUGUGUCGCAUUCUUCAUUUCUGAAAUAGUCACACCACAGGUUCCAUUGCUUUAUUUUGAGGGUUUUUAUUUAUAUCUCUAUACGAUGUCACUUUUGUUCUUGCUAUACAUCUACAUUUACCUUUUACGGGAUUCGACUGCGGGGAGUGGCUUGAGUGCUGUUGCGAAAAAAAUCACCAUUUUGGAGAGCUUACGACGAUUGGGAGAAAAAGGAGUUGACAACGGUCCUGAUGGUCCCGUCCCACCAAGAUUGAAAAAAUAUCGAAUUUCAGACAAUGAUAAAAGUCAUGGAAGCUUAUUUUUAAGAAUAGGAGCAAUAGCUUUUGGUCUAGGAACAAUGGUUUAUAAUGGCUUAGAGUUUGGAUCUUUCUUUGAGGUGCCACCUUCAUCCCUGUGUUAUAAUGUUUUUUUAGGUCUUAAUCCCAUUUUGCAAAUGAUUUUCACCUUUGCUCAAAUGUAUUUCAUAUUUGUCAAUGCCCGGCUCAAUAUUCAAAAGUUCAAAGUAGUUGCUCGAUUCGGGCUCAUGCACAUAAUAGCGACAAAUCUCUGUGUUUGGAUUAGAACUGUUGGAAAAGAGGCACUGGAAGCGAUAGCAGAAAAUCAAAGAGAAAGUGGACUCGGUUCCAGCUUAGAGGAAUUAAUACUACCCUUUCGUGUAACAGAAGAGCACAACAACACUACCUUAAACUUAAGUAAUCCCUGCCAAAAGCAAAAUAUCAUGGGAUCAAUAGUGUCUGAUGCUUCACCAUUUCUGUAUCCCUUCAUUGUGGAAUACAGUCUAAUAGCUGCUGCUGUGCUGUAUGUUAUGUGGAAGAAUAUUGGGCACAAUCCAAUGUUUCGUAUUGAACAAAGUGCUGAAGAUGCCUUAUCAAGAACUUCAAGUUCACAAUCCUUUCACAGAGUUAAUUGUGCAGGUUCAAGUCGAGGAUUAUUUUUGGGACUUUUCUUAUUGGUUAUAGCCACUAUUUGCCUGAUUGUCUUUUUUGUCUUUAUUCAUCAUGAAAACCUCAAUCUUUUAGCAGUUUAUCUUUCAGACUUAUCUCAUUCCAUAAUUAUGCUCAUUUCUAUUUUUGCUAUCAUAGUUGGUUUUUUUCGAGUAAGAGCUUUGCGUUUUCACUACGAUCGUAAAGACCAUCUUCGAGAUCUUCUACUUCGUGUUAGUGCCUUUGGUUUGUAUACUUACGCUAUGUUUGGUAUUAUCGCUGGGACUCUUUCACCACUUCACUACACUCCUAAUUUACUUGUCAUGAUCACCAGUUGUCUAACGAUUAUUCAAGUCACUUUACAAUCGUUGUUUGUAGCAGAUAUAACAUGCAGAUCUACAUAUCUUCCUGAACAUGAUAAUACAAAACCGGGUCGGCAAGUCAUCACAUUUUUACUCAUGGUCAAUCUCACAUUUUGGAUUAUCUAUACAUUUGAAAUGCAAAAAGUACAAGCUAGUCCAGUGCAGCUAGGGUUUUAUGGUUUCAUGGCGUGGACUGUAAUAGUUAGAACCACUUUACCAUUAAGUAUCUUUUUUCGAUUCCAUUCCUUUAUAACAUUUGCAGAAGUAUGGAAAAAUUCGUAUAAGAAUAUUUGCAAUUAAAUAUGUGAUACCAUCUUACUGUAAAAGCAACUUACAAAAAGAUGCGAUUCUUCUAAAUUUAAAUGAAUUUCGCAAACAAGAUUCAAAGCAUCCAUUUUGUCAAAUGAAUCAAAAUGAAGACAUUGACUUUGAUACAAAAUAUAUACUUACAUAUAUCUUAUUCAACUACCAAUAUAUGUUGUGCAUUGUGUUUUCUGUUAUGCUGUGGUGUGAAGUGUAUGCAGCUGAUUAUUGAUGGUGGCAAAAGCUCCUUUACACGAUUAGUUGUUUUUGAUAUAGUGCCAAAAUAUACACAAAUGUGCAAGAAUGUGUGUUAGUGUAGUUAGAAAAAUAUUGUAGAUUUAGAUUGCUGUUUUCUAGAAUUUAAGAAUUAUAUAUGUGACAUAGAGUUCUGUUCAUUCUGAUACUUGGAGCUGAUAUCGAAUGUGUUGUAGCUUAAGUUGCUAUUUAUAAGGUGUGCUGAACUGAUGCAUUAAUUUUUUGAGAAGUGGUGGUUAAUUUAUAGGCUGUUUAAAACAAAAAAUGGUUGCAUUUAGAGGGUGGAAGUUGUAUUGAAAGGAUCCAAAUAAAACUUCAAAUCUGUGUUGCAUAAAUCAUGCAGCUGAAGUUGACAGCCUAAAAUAAAGUUUGAAAUUUCACUUUAUACAGAGUAAUAGCAAAGACAAAGGAAAAAUAAUUAAGUUGUACUCAAUCCAUGAGGUUGCUUUAAUGACAAAAGUCAAAUGUUAUCAGAUAGGAUGAUUUGACUGGGCGUAAAUCAUAUGUCCUCUCAGAUUCCUAGCCAGUCAAAUCACCGGAUCUAGAUCUUGGGCUAUGAAGGGUUACCUCACAGAUCAUAUGUAAUGCUCGAAAGCUCACAUCGAUGUCUCAUCUAUUGCUAUUCAUACUUUUGUGCAAUGGUAUCGUUGUCGUACACUUUCAACGUGUGUUUUGCAAAUAAGGUUUGUAGAUAAAUUACACAGGUUUGAAAGUGGAUGAAAACUUUUGCUAUACUUUUAGUGUAACUAUCUUUUUUCUUUCCAUUAUUUUUAUAAGCAUUCAGUUAGCAAUAUGUGAUAGUAAUAAUUUUUCAAACUUAAAUUUUGGUCAUGAA